AUGGAUACCAGUUACCUGUCCCAGCAGGUCAACACCAUUAUCGGCCAGCUGCACGGCCUGUUUGACGAGAUCGGUGUCCCUAACAAUGACCGCGAGGCGCGCGAAGCAGACCUCUUCGAGGCGCUGUCCAAGACCCUGACUGACCAGGUCCGCCAUGUCACCAACGAAAAGGAAGAGAUGAUCGAGGAGGCCGAGCGCAUGAUCAACAACAUCCGACAGAUGGAGGCUUCCAUCAGCGGACGCCGCGACCGCGACGACAACGACAUCAAGAUCACAUAUCCCCUUACGCGCUGCUUGAAGGGCCUCAAGGACAAGCACAUCCAGAUCGCGAGGUUGCACAAGGAGCGUUUCGCACAGGUCAAAAAACUCGUCGAAGCCCUCGAAUCGUACUCGUCGCAUCUUGAACCCACCUUCGUCCAGAUCCCCCUGCCCCCGACUGGCCCGAACCAGUCCAUCCCGCCCGACUUCGACCUGUCGCCCGCGUACGUGGAGAAGCUCGACAACGAGUUUACGAGAGUCUACGAAGAGUACAGCCGCCGCGUCGCCACGGUCAAGGCCCUGUGCGAGCACACCAUCCAGCUCUGGGCCGAGCUGGGCACGCCUCAGGCCCAGACCGACGGCGCUAUCGUCAAGUAUUACAGGGAUGCGCCCGAGCAGCUGGGUCUGCACGAGGAGGACAUCGCGCGCCUCCGGGCGAAGCGCGACAAGCUGUCCGACGAGAAGAAGAACCGCGAGAAGCGCCUGAAGGAUCUGCGCGCCGCCGUGGAGGCGCUCUGGGAGAAGCUCGAGGUCGACAUGGGAGAGCGCAAGGCCUUCCUGAACAGCAACCGCGGCUGUGGCGUCCGUCAGAUCAACGAGUUCGAGGACGAGUUGGCGCGCCUGAACGAGCUCAAGCGACAGAAUUUGCACCUCUUCGUCGAGGAUGCCCGGUGCAAGCUGCAGGAGCUGUGGGACGCCCUUUACCUCUCCGAGGAUGAGAUGCUCGAGUUCACGCCCGCCUUCUCCGAUGUGUACAGCGACGCCCUCCUGGAAGCCCACGAGCGCGAGAUUGCCAGACUGGAGGUUCUCAGAGAACAGCGCGCACCUACCCUCGCACUUAUCGACAGGCACAAGAGUCUCACCAGCGAACGCGAUGAACUUGCGGCAUCGAGUCAGGACGCUUCCCGUCUGAUGAUGCGCGGACAAAAGGGCGAGAGACGCGACCCGGGCAAGCUUCUCAGGGAAGAGAAGAUGCGCAAGAGAAUCGCAAAGGAGCUGCCCAAGGUGGCUGCCGAGCUUCGCCAAGUCCUGGAACGCUUCGAAGACGAGUAUGGGCGCCCUUUCCUCGUCCAUGGCGAUAGAUACCUGGAUGUUCUUGAGGCCGAGGACAGACCGGCACCGGGACCCAGAUCCAAGACGCCUGGCGCUGGACAGAUGGCGUCGGCAACCAAGCCCAGAGCCGGUCACAGCCGCUCGAAUAGUACCACCGCUGCCGUGAGACCGCCUACUCGACAGGGAGCCAAGACACCGGUUGGCCCGGCCCCGACGAACAAGCGCAGUGCCAACAACAUGAACGGCGCAUCUCAAGCCAGGCCGUUGUCUGCUCACAUUAUCAAACCUCCCGGCAGUCCCCGCCCAGAGUCCUCUAUGGGACAGAUCCGCAGUAACCACGGCACCCUCACAAAGCCUCCCGGAAGCCCUUCGAGGAUUGCGCGCCCUCCACUUACCAACCUGAAGUACGGAAACAACUCACCUGAAAGGAUACAAAGACCCGAGUCGAGGAUUGCUGAGUCGAGAGUCGAUGCGUACGCGACUAUACGCGGCGCACCGCCGCUGCGCGCUCCACCACCGAAGAUGCGCGAUCUCCAUGCUAUGGACCUCGAGACAUCGAACCACGGCUACAGGUCGGCAGGACUGGGCGGCAGCAUCGUGCGCCAGGUCGAGCUGGAGGAUGUGUACAACGACUGCCAACAACCGCGCCUGAACCGGGCGAACUCGACGCUGUCGCAUACUUCCCACGCAUCGCACGCCUCCCACAACUCCCACGCCUCCGCGUCAUCACACCAGUCCCAAGGGUCGUCCCAGUAUGACUUCUCGUCCUCCGUGAUCAGACACCACCCGUCGUCAUACUCGCAAGCGCCGCCACCCCGCCAGAUCUCCAACUCGUCGACCGGCUCCAGCAACAUCACGGGCUCGGAGAACUGGGAGACGUACGACGACGCCAGCGAGCCCGAGCAGGACGCGACGGACACGUACUACGCCAAGGUGCGCGCCGCCCGCGGCAAGCGGUUCGAGCCGGAGUCGGGGUACCCGGCGGCCGUCGACCCCAAGAGGCAGCAGCGCGGGUUCCCGACGCAGGCGCAUGCCGGGAAUGCGUUUGCCGACGCGGAAGGGAACCGCAUCAUCUCGGGCAGCGAGUGGACCGACGAGGACGGGUACUGA